AUGGAUGGCUUUAUAUCCGACUCUAGUUACUCUGCAACGAAGACUACCAUGGUUCUCUUCAUCAAUGAAAGAUUAGCCGAAUGUACUGCUCUGAAGAGGGAAAUUGAAAUCAUCUAUGUUGCAACUUUACCCAAAGCAUCAAAACCUUUCAUAUAUAUGUCACUUAUCUUGCCUCCCGAGCAUGUUGAUGUUAACGUGCAUCCCAGAAAGAGAGAGGUGAGCCUUUUGAACCAGGAGGUUAUUAUUGAGAAGAUACAAUCGGUGAUAGAAAUGAAGCUAAGAAACUUAAAUGAGUCAAGCAUGUAUCAAGAGCAACAGGCAGUGGAUUGCUCUCCUGUUAGUUCAAUAUCUGCAAACAAAGCUUUGUGUGUGAGCCUUUUGAACCAGGAGGUUAUUAUUGAGAAGAUACAAUCGGUGAUAGAAAUGAAGCUAAGAAACUUAAAUGAGUCAAGCAUGUAUCAAGAGCAACAGGCAGUGGAUUGCUCUCCUGUUAGUUCAAUAUCUGCAAACAAAGCUUUGUGUGUAAACACAUCAACUUCUGUUAUGCAACUAUACAAGUGUAGUGAUGCUCUUCUUUUUACUUUUCAGUUGAUAUAUCUCUUCAUGUUCUAA